GAGUAAAUAACCAGAAUUUCAAAAUAGAGGUUUUUAUAACUUUCUAAAACCUAGAAAAUAAAUCUGAGAAGCUAUAAUUUGAGAGAAUUAGGCACUAGAGAAGCUUCAAGUGAGCUAACACUUUUUGGGGCAAUGACACUAGCUCCUGGGAGAGAUGAUAAGAACGGGCUAUUUUUAGUGAUAGUUAUUUUUGACAGCGAAAUCUGUUUCAUUUAAUUUGUAUGAAUAGUGUCAUCAAACUAGUGCUAGAAGCUGUCAACUAGUUGUGCGAUAGGUACUUUCCGAUACGAUCAUUUAUUGCCAAUCCUGUUUGAAAUUGAAACUUACCACAAAGAGUUUUGUAAUGAAACUAUCCUCAAUUAGAUAGCCCCUGAGACAAAGGGUUUCCUCUGUGGCCGCAAUUAUCAGCCAGUUAUUCACAAUAUUCCUUAAGAAGUUAUCAGAAAUCUGGUAUCAAUGAAAUUAGGUGAAUUCUAAACUAUUUUACAUAACAAGGUUGCUGAGGUUUUGCAUGAGUCCUAAUUCAUGAUUCUCAAGAUUUCCGAUUGAAAAAAUUCCUGAAACGUUUAUUGAAGGCACAGGCCCGGCCAAGUACUAAAAUUAAUAAAACCUCAUUGAAUUUUUCUCUUUGUCAUUUUUUGAUAAUUGAGUGAAUAAAAGUGUGAAAAGUGUCUACAAUUAACAGCUAUGAUACUAAAAUAUCGAUCAGAAAUUCUUCCUGAAGGGAUGAGCAACCUAUCAGGAAUUCUUUCUGAUAGAGCAAUUUUAUAUAAUAAUCUUUUCUCUUGAAGAGAAACUUGUUAUUUUAGCACUGGGCUCAAUUGCAUAUGUAAAACACUACCAAAGCUGAUAGUGUUGGAGCUGUUAAUAAUUUAUAAAUAUUUGUCAAGAUCUCUCCUGUGAGAUUUUCUUCAUAGAUAG